AUGGCUACGGUAUUUAAACUUGCAAAAGCACAAAAAGAGGGUACUGACCCAUUAUCUAGUGGGGCACAUAAAGAAAAAAGUUCCGAGGAACGGAAAACGAAAAGAAAUAAACAGCGUGUACUGGCAAUAUCUUCCCGUGGAAUAAAUUAUCGACAAAGACAUUUGCUGAAUGAUUUGGGAGCUCUAUCACCACACUUUAAAAAGGAUGCAAAACUCGAUCAAAAAUCCCAAUUUAGCAUUCUCAAUGAACUUGCCGAACUGAAUAAUUGUAAUAAUUGUAUUUUCUUUGAAGUGCGACGGAAGCAGGAUUUAUAUCUUUGGGCCAGUAAAACACCAAAUGGUCCAAGCAUCAAAUUUCACGUGCAAAAUAUACAUACGAUGGAUGAAUUGAAAAUGACUGGUAAUUGCUUGAAAGGAUCAAGACCAAUCAUCUCUUUUGACAAGACAUUUGACACGCAGCCACAUUUUUCUCUUAUAAAACAAAUAUUUGGUGUGCCAAGAGGAGCUCGUCGAGCAAAACCUUUCAUCGAUCACGUAAUUUCAUUCUCGAUAGCAGAUGAUCGGAUAUGGUUCCGAAAUUAUCAGGUUGUUGAAAAAGAUCCAACAGAAUUCGAUAAAAAGCAAAAGGACAUUACUCUUGUUGAGAUUGGUCCACGCUUUGUGUUGAAUGUGAUUCGAAUAUUCGAAGGAAGUUUCAACGGCGCGACUAUUUUUGCUAACCCAGAAUUUAUAACACCCACUCAGAUUCGACGUAAUAUAAGAGCCGAGAAAGCUGCACGUUAUCAAUCGCGUGUGCAAUCCAAAGAAGAAUUAAGACGGAAACUUUCCGCUAGUGAUUUGCCUUUCGACCCUAUGGAAACAUCGUGA